AUGUUCCGAACAGUAUCGCGCUCAGUCGCGCGCCAGAGCCGAUCGUCCAGAGUCACGAGCCGAACACCGCAACUCCUACGCCCCCUCUCUACCACCGCAUAUCGCAUGUCAAACUCGACACUCAAGAGUGUUGACCCUCCAGUAUCGACAGCACUCCCUGGCGAUUCCUUCCAGCUGCUGCCUGAAGCUUCGAAAGCGGGUCAGGCAGAAGAUGCGCUCUUCGAGGAACAGGUACAAGCCGUAAAGGACUGGUGGGCGUCACCACGGUACAAAGGUAUCAAGCGCCCAUACUCUGCCGAAGAUGUUGUGAGCAAGCGGGGGGCGCUUCAACAGUCAUAUCCCAGUUCACUGAUGGCGCGGAAACUGUUCAACCUUCUGGAGGAGAGGGCGGCCAAGGGCGAGCCAGUACACACCAUGGGCGCAAUUGACCCCAUCCAAAUGUCCCAACAAGCUGCCAACCAAGAAGUCCUCUAUGUCUCUGGAUGGGCUUGCUCUUCAGUCCUGACCACGACGAAUGAAGUCUCGGCCGACUUUGGCGACUACCCUUACAACACCGUACCAAACCAAGUGCAGCGCCUGUUCAAGGCUCAGCAGCUACACGACCGCAAGAACUGGGAUGCUAGGAGGAAGAUGAGUGCAGAAGAACGAGCAAAGACGCCUUACCUAGACUACAUGCGGCCAAUCAUUGCUGAUGGCGAUACUGGCCACGGGGGCCUUUCUGCCGUCAUCAAGUUAGCAAAGCUCUUCGCCGAGAAUGGAGCCGCAGGUGUUCACUUUGAAGAUCAACUUCACGGCGGCAAGAAGUGCGGACAUCUUGCAGGUAAAGUCCUCGUGCCAGUUGGUGACCACAUCAACCGCCUGGUAGCCGCACGGUUCCAGUGGGAUAUGAUGGGCUGCGAGAACCUUGUUAUUGCGCGCACUGAUUCAGAGAGCGGCAAGCUCAUCUCCAGCGCUGUCGAUGUGCGGGAUCAUGAGUUCAUCAAGGGUGUCACAGAAGAUGGUGAACCGCUGGCCGAGACGCUGCAGAAUAUGGAAGCAGCUGGCGCACCCGGCAAGGAGAUCGACCAAUACGAAGCGGCGUGGGUCAAGAAGCACAAGCUCGUAACCUUUGACGAGGCCGUGGUCCAGCACCUUGAGAAAGAGAGUGCACCUCAAUCAACCAUCGACUCAUACCUCGAUGAGGUCAAGCAGAAUCCCAACUACUCUCUUCUAAAGCGCCGAAACGUUGCGGAGAAGUACACCAAAACACCCGUCUACUUCGAUUGGGACAUCCCCCGUACACGGGAAGGUUUCUACCACUACAAAGCUGGCGUAGCUGCAGCAACAAAACGCGGCAAGGAAUACGCUCCAUACGCUGAUCUCCUCUGGGUCGAAACGGGUGAUCCGAAUGUCAAGGAAGCAGCAAGGUUCGCAGGUGAAAUCCGCGCUGUUCACCCGGGAAAGAAAUUUGUGUACAAUCUAUCUCCCAGCUUCAACUGGAUGGGCCAAGGUUUCUCCGAAGAAGCGCUCAAGUCUUUUGUCUGGGAUCUGGCGAAACAUGGAUUCGUAUUCCAGCUCAUUUCGCUUGCUGGUCUACACUCUACGGCUACAAUUACAUGCGAGCUAAGUCGGGCGUUCAAGGACGAGGGCAUGCUUGCUUAUGUCAAGUUGGUGCAAGCGAGAGAGAAGGAGUUGGGUUGUGAUGUGCUCACGCACCAGAAGUGGUCCGGCGCAGGCUACAUUGAUGGCAUCUUGGGGGCGAUACAGAGUGGCAGCUCAGGCAGCAAGAGCAUGGGCGAGGGAAGCACUGAGACACAAUUUUAA